UUGAACAGUUUAACUCAUCUCAACUCUUCUCAUUUUCAUUUAUUGUUAUCACGAAACAAUAACAUCUCAUAUUAACUAAUUGUUGCGUCGAAUUUUCAUCUUUACCAAGUUCAUUCUCUCUCUUUCUCUCUCUAACUAACUCGCUCACUCCUUGUCUCUGUCGUUAUCAUUUCAUCAUAUUCAUCAUCAUCAUCAUCAUCGUCGACAUCAUCAUAUUCCCAAUCAUCGUAAUCAUCACCAUCACAAUCAUCAUAAUCUCAAUAACCUUUCAUCUUUUUAGUCAAUAAUUUAUUUGAUUAGAUUGAGAAUCACCAAUAAAAUUGAUUUGAUUGUGAAUAAUUCAACAAAUAAUUGCAACAAUUUACUGUUAAAUUGUUAUUCUUUUCUGUGUUCAUUCAAUCAUCUAAUUACUAGUUGAACCUUUUUUUUUGUUUUCUGCUUAAUGGAUUAUUAUUGAUACUUUUUGAUCAAAGUGACAAUCAUCAAGUUUACAGUUUACUACAAUUGAUUCAAAUUAGACUAAAAAACUUUCAUUCCAAUUAAAUCAAAAUCAUCAUCAUGUUACUUUGGAUUCGAAUUAUUUUAUUUCUUAUUCUCACAUUUUCGACUAAAUUUUCUUAUGGACAAACUAAAAGAGAUUAUGAAGACCAAUCAAAUUUACCUGAAUGUUCCCAUGAUUAUUCUGUGUGUGGUUAUGUUGAACUGAACAACAUGGGAAUCAGUUCACAAAGUAUUUGUCAAUGUAAAGAUUUCAUCUCAUGUCCUGAAUCAUUUGAUCGUUUCGAUGGACGAACUUUGUCUCAUGGAUUAAAUCAGUAUAAGUAUUGCCAAGAAGCUCCUCGUUUAAAAAAAUGUUCGCAUGAUGAAAUUGUCUAUAGUUCGAUCAUCGAGUAUGAUGAGAAUUUCCAACUGAUCAACAGUGACAAUCGAAUUCACUGUGAAUGUCCACCAAGACAUAUUUUUGUACGAAAUUCAACAAAUACUCACACAAGGCCUAAUGGAGAAACGAUCAUUAAAACUCUAUUGAAAUGUUCAUUGCCUAAAAUCUGUAAACCUCAAGAAAACUGUAUGACAAUUAGUCAAUCAUCUCAUUCGACAUUUAUUAAGAAAUUAUGUAAUUGUCCAAUGGAUUCAUUUUGUCCAACGGACACUCGAUAUGCCGCUGAAGUCAUGGACUUUACUAAAGGAUCAGCAUUUUCAAUGAAUUGUAUUUAAACAAUAAACAACAUUACAAUUAGUAUAAUAACAAUAAUAAUAAUAAUAAUAAUAAUUUCAUCUCAAUCAUAUUUUAAUCAUCUAAAACCAUCCAAAUCAUAUCACACAUCAACACCAUGACCAUAUCACCACCAAGAAACACGAUCAAUAUCAAAUCUGCAUUUAUAUUUGUCUUCAUCAACAUUUCUCAGCACUUGAAAUUCAUCAUUUUCAACUCGAAAACUUGAAUAAAAUCACUUUUUCAUCUGAAUCAUUAAUAUUUAUUUACGAUACGAUACUUGAGUUCAUCAUCAACCCUUUUCUUUGAUACCAAUCUCCUCCACAGGUCAAGAGCUUAUGGAACCAAUCAACAGUUAUCUGUCAUAUAAUAUUUUUGGUUCAAUUCUAAUCAAAUCGGUUAACUAAAUAUUCACAUAAUUUCAUCAGAGAACUGA